AUGUUCACAUUUUCUCUAUUAACCCCAGGGAAAGGUGAUCACUCUUUUAAAGCGUCGCUUUUGACGUUUGACAAUGAAAUGCGAAUACUAGCGGAUCCAUCAUGGAACGGAAUAGAUCCUAAUGCAGUACAAUUUAUGGAGCACCAUCUACAACAAACGGAUGCAAUCAUCAUCUCGCAUUCGACAAAUGAGUUCAUCAGUGGGUACAUUUUGCUAUGUAUAACAUAUCCAAGUAUAAUGUCCAAUAUACCAGUUUACUCGACGUUACCAGUUAAUCAAUUGGGCAGAAUCUCCACUGUGGAGUAUUACAGAUCCCAGGGUGUUCUUGGCCCUUUAUUGUCAAACCUUGUUGAGUUGGAUGAUAUUGAUAAUUGGUUUGACAAGUUUAUCAUUGUCAAGUACCAACAAAAUGUAACAAUCUGUGACAGAAAGAUAACCAUGACGCCGUACAAUUCAGGACAUUCCUUAGGUGGGACAUUUUGGUUGUUGGUGAAGAAAAUUGAUCGUGUCAUUUAUGCCCCCAGCUGGAACCACUCCAAGGACGCCUUUUUGAAUAGUGCAAGCUUCAUCAACUCAACGCUGGGUAAUCCCCAUUUGGCAUUACUUCGUCCAACAGUUUUUAUCACGGCUACCGAUUUGGGGUCUCCAAUGUCACAUAAAAAGCGUUGUGAGAAGUUCUUGCAAUUGGUGGACGCCACCUUGGCUAAUGGUGGCUCAGCUGUAAUACCAACGUCCAUCUCAGGCCGAUUCUUGGAGGUUUUCAAUUUGGUUGAUGAACACUUGAAAGGUGCGCCAAUACCAGUUUACUUUCUAUCGUAUUCCGGAACCAAAAUUUUAAGCUACGCCUCAAGUUUGAUGGAUUGGAUGUCUCUGGGCUUUAACAAAACUUGGAAUUCUGAUAGUGGGAACAAUAGUCUACUACCUUUCAAUCCAAGUAAAGUUGAUUUGCUAUUGGACCCGUCAGAGUUGAUGCAGAUUCCUGGAGCUAAAAUAAUCUUUUGUGCCGGUUUGGAUUUGAAAAACGGUGACCUUUCAAGUAAAGUGUUUCUGUACCUAUGUAAUGAUGAGAGAACGACUGUUAUAUUAACCGAAAAACCAUCAUUAGCAAAUGUAGAACAAGGCCUGGGUUUAAGUAGAGAUUUGUAUCAAGAAUGGGUCAAGUUGUCUAAAGAAAGGACUGGAAAAGUUGUUGAUGGAACUCCAGUACCAUUGGAAAAGAUUGUAAAUUUGGACAGCUGGUCGCAAGAAGAGGAAGUUGAUGGACCUGAGUCAAUUGUAUUUAUGAAUAAGAUUACCCAAAAAAGAAAAGAAAAGCUAAUGGCAAAGGUACGGGACCAAAAGAGGCAAAACUUGCUCAGUACCGAUGUGAUUGAUGUUGAGGAUUCAUCAGAUGAUGAUGAGGACGAAAUAGAGGAUGACAAGAAAGUGGGGGAAAUAUUUGAUGGAGAAGCACAAAAGGAAAAGACUCGUGUUCCUUCGACAAAAGAAGUUGACGAAUUAAUCCAGCAUGAAGCUUUUGUUAUGGACAAUGUGAAGCACAGUAUGGAGAGCCAUUUGCCAAUUGAUAUCAAAAUAAACCAUAAAUUAAAACCUCGUCAAGCCAUGUUUCCUUACUUCCCACCAAAAGCCAAAUUUGACGAUUAUGGUCAAAUUAUUGAUGCAAAGGACUUUGAAAGAACUGACCAGGUAUCCCACAACAAGAUUAUAAUGGAGGGUAAAAAGAAAUUUGACGAAAAGAAACAAAAAUGGAACAAGAAUGAUAAGACAGACAAAAAAAAGAACCAACAGGCGAGCAAAUUAACCCCACAGGAACAAGUUAACCAGCAGUUGUUGCAAAAAUAUCUAGACACAUUAUCGAGGCCAAUGAAAAGGGUUCAGUUGAGACAAAGAUCAUCAGCAAGCACCCAGUUGAGAGUUAGGUGUGGUUUAGCUUUUGUUGACUUGUCGGGUUUGGUAGAUUUGCGAUCGUUGGGUAUUAUUGUUCAGGCGGUUAAACCAUACAAUUUGAUACUCUUACCGGAUGAGAGAGUAAGUGACCAAUCAGGACUUGAACAAGUUGAAAAGUUUUUUGAACAGCAACAGAAUGAACAAGAAAUGGAGCAUACAAAGAAACAAAUGUUAAACUCAUCAAGAUAUUUAUCAUUGGCUGCCAUCCGUGAUGGGUUAUCUAGUUCUAUGUCACAGUUUUCUAGCGGCAAGCUUAACGUUCUCGUUGCUAAAGAUAAUGAAGCAGUCAAGAUUGGUGUAGACGCUGAAAAUGGUGUCAUUGGGUUAAGGAACUUUGAAAUAAACUUGGACGAUGAAGUCGUUUCCACCUUGAAAUGGCAAUCAGUGGGCGAUAAUUAUAAAGUGGCAAAAUUGUACGGUGAAUUGGAGUUGACGAAUGAACAAGGACUUCCAGAAGAACCUUUACAAAAGAAGCCAAAGACAUUGCAGGACUACAUCAACUCAAAUACCCAAUUUUCGUUAAAGCCAGUUGAAUCGAGUGAAGCGUUGAGCAAGCAUACCGAGAACAACAUACUUGCAAAGACCAAUGAUCCUAAAUUGCUAAUGAUGAUAUCGAAUGCACCUAAAUUGGCUAUAGGUAAUAUCCGAUUACCUGAUUUGAAGAAGAAGUUGGCGUCCCUUAAUCUAAACGUUGAAUUUAAAGGAGAAGGGACUUUGGUAGUUAAUGAUACCUUGGCAAUACGUAAAAUAGCCUACGGCUCCUUAGAAAGUGAUGACAGUGGUGACAUUGUCAUUGAUGGAAAUGCAGGACCAUUGUAUUACCAAGUCAAGGAUUGUAUAAGAGAAAUGUUGGCAUAUGUAUAG